CUGACUGGGCAGUCCAAAGAGGAGGGGGCCUUUAUAGGCUCGCCCAGCGUCGGGUUUGCAGCGCUGCGAGUGACUGCGGUUCGGAGAAGCAGCCCAGCACCUCCCGCCGGUUCUCCGCGGCAAAUUUUUCGUCCUUGCACUUGACAGCGAUUGUUCUUAAGCUCCCAGGGCGCGCUUUGCUUGGAAAGGCACAGGUAGGAGGCGCGGGCAGCCGGGUGCACACUCGCUGCGCUGUGAGGAGUCUUCUUGACUGGGUUGGCUCUUCUUUCUGGGAGCUGCCGGCUGUUCCGGAGUUGGUGCUCUGCAACGAGACGGUGCCCGCCACCGGGGAGCCGGGCCGAGCCCCUUCGCACAGCGCGGCUGUGCGCUGCCCGGCGCCAUGCUUCUCCUGGGCAUCUUAGCCCUGGCUGUCGCCGGGCGACCUGCUGGCAGUUCCCAACCAGAGCGGGAGGUGGUGGUUCCCAUCCGACUGGACCCGGACAUUAACGGCCGCCACUACUACCGGAGGGGUCCCGAGGACUCCGGGGAUCAGGGGCUCAUUUUUCAGAUCACAGCAUUUCAGGAGGACUUUUACCUACACCUGACGCCGGAUGUUCAGUUCCUGGCUCCCGCCUUCGCCACUGAAUAUCUGGGUGUACCCUUCCAGAGGCUCGCCGGUAGCUCUCUAGACCUGAGACGCUGCUUCUACUCCGGGGACGUGAACGCUGAGCCAGACUCGUUUGCAGCUGUGAGUCUGUGCGGGGGUCUCCGUGGUGCCUUUGGCUACCGAGGCGCAGAGUAUGUCAUUAGUCCGCUGCCCAACGCCAGCGCGUCGGUGGCGCAGCGCAACAGCCAGGGCGCACACCUUCUCCAGCGCCGGGGUGCUCCAAGUGGGUCUUCUGUAGACCCCACCUCUCGCUGCGGUGUGGCCUCGGGCUGGAACCCCGCCAUCCUGCGGGCCCUAGACCCUUACAAGCCGCAACGGACGGGCUUAGGGGAGAGUCACAACCCGCGCAGGUCCGGGCGCGCCAAGCGCUUCGUGUCUAUCCCACGGUACGUGGAGACACUAGUGGUGGCGGACGAGUCAAUGGUCAAGUUCCACGGGGCGGACUUGGAGCAUUAUCUGCUAACGCUGCUGGCCACAGCGGCCCGACUCUAUCGCCAUCCCAGCAUCCUCAAUCCCAUCAACAUCGUUGUGGUCAAAGUGCUGGUUCUUGGGGACCGGGAUACCGGGCCUAAGGUCACAGGCAAUGCGGCUCUGACUCUGCGCAACUUCUGCGCCUGGCAGAAGAAAUUGAACAAAGUGAGCGACAAGCAUCCUGAGUAUUGGGAUACCGCCAUCCUCUUCACCAGGCAGGAUCUAUGUGGGGCUACUACCUGUGACACCCUGGGCAUGGCUGACGUGGGCACCAUGUGCGAUCCCAAGAGAAGUUGUUCUGUCAUUGAGGAUGAUGGGCUUCCAUCAGCCUUCACCACUGCCCAUGAGCUGGGCCACGUGUUCAAUAUGCCCCAUGACAAUGUGAAGGUGUGCGAGGAGGUGUUUGGAAAGCUCCGUGCCAAUCACAUGAUGUCUCCAACUCUCAUCCAGAUUGACCGUGCCAACCCCUGGUCAGCCUGCAGUGCUGCCAUCAUCACUGACUUCCUGGACAGUGGGCAUGGUGACUGUCUCCUGGACCAACCCAGCAAGCCCAUCUCUCUGCCUGAGGACCUGCCAGGCACCAGCUAUACCCUGAGCCAGCAGUGCGAACUGGCCUUUGGUGUGGGUUCUAAGCCCUGCCCAUAUAUGCAGUACUGCACAAAGCUAUGGUGCACUGGCAAGGCCAAGGGACAGAUGGUAUGCCAGACCCGCCAUUUCCCCUGGGCAGAUGGCACCAGCUGUGGCGAGGGCAAGUUCUGCCUCAAGGGGGCCUGUGUGGAAAGACACAACCUCAACAAGUACCGGGUGGAUGGCUCCUGGGCCAAGUGGGAGCCCUACAGUCCCUGCUCACGUACCUGUGGUGGGGGUGUGCAGCUGGCUCGGAGACAGUGCAGCAACCCCACCCCUGCCAAUGGGGGCAAGUACUGCGAGGGUGUGAGAGUGAAAUACCGAUCUUGCAACCUGGAGCCCUGCCCCAGCUCAGCCUCUGGCAAGAGCUUCCGGGAAGAGCAGUGUGAGGCUUUCAAUGGCUACAACCAUAGUACCAACCGCCUUACCCUGGCUGUGGCAUGGGUACCCAAGUACUCAGGUGUGUCUCCCCGGGACAAGUGCAAGCUCAUCUGCCGAGCCAAUGGCACUGGCUACUUCUACGUGCUGGCACCCAAGGUGGUAGAUGGUACGCUGUGUACUCCUGACUCCACCUCGGUCUGUGUCCAAGGCAAGUGCAUUAAGGCUGGCUGCGAUGGGAACCUGGGCUCCAAGAAGAAGUUUGACAAAUGUGGCGUCUGUGGGGGAGAUAAUAAGAGCUGCAAGAGAGUGACAGGUCUCUUCACCAAGCCCAUGCAUGGCUACAAUUUCGUGGUGGCCAUCCCUGCAGGCGCCUCGAGCAUUGAUAUCCGCCAGCGUGGCUACAAGGGGUUGAUUGGGGAUGACAACUAUCUGGCCCUGAAGAACAGCCAAGGCAAGUACCUGCUUAAUGGGCACUUCGUGGUGUCGGCUGUGGAACGGGACCUGGUGGUGAAGGGCAGCCUUCUUCGGUAUAGCGGCACGGGUACAGCAGUGGAGAGUCUGCAGGCUUUCCGACCCAUCCUGGAGCCACUGACUGUGGAGGUUCUUUCUGUGGGGAAGAUGACACCACCAAGGGUCCGCUAUUCCUUCUAUCUGCCCAAAGAGCCUCGAGAGGACAAGUCCUCCCACCCAAAGAGCCCCAGAGCCUCUGUGCUGCACAAUAGCGUCCUCAGCCUCUCCAAUCAAGUGGAACAGCCAGAUGACAGGCCCCUUGCACGCUGGGUGGCAGGCAGCUGGGGGCCUUGCUCGGCGAGCUGUGGCAGUGGCUUGCAGAAGCGAGCAGUGGAUUGCCGGGGCUCGCUGGGACAGCGUGGGGCCUCUGCCUGUGAUGUAGCCCAUCGACCAGUGGAGACACGAGCCUGUGGGGAGCCCUGCCCGACCUGGGAGCUGGGGCCCUGGUCUCCCUGCUCCAAGAGCUGUGGCCGGGGAUUUAAGAGGCGUCCACUCAAGUGUGUGGGCCAUAGAGGCCGGCUGCUGGCCAGAGACCAGUGCAACCUACGCCGCAAGCCCCAGGAACUGGACUUUUGCAUCUUGAGGCCUUGCUGA